AUGACGACUGAACGGCUUGAUGGUGAACCACCGGAAAAGCUGCUUCUGGAGCGCCAAGCACGAAUCUUGAUCGAGGAUGCGGAAAAUCAUCGUUCGAUUUUCCACAAAUUGGACGUUCAAAGUUUGCGUCUAUAUGAAUUUUACUAUUCCCCCUUGGUCUAUUGGACUCGGCAGAUCAGUUUAGCCAUUCUGUUCUUAUUACCCUUUUUCGAAUGGCCAUCAUCACUCACAAUGAGUUCCGACAUGCGUCUGCAACUGCCACGACCGCGUCUACCUUGUGGGAUCACGGAAGCGAUUGAGGCCGUGUGCAUAAUGACGCUUCUUGUCGAUUCAAUCAUUUUGGCCUUUACAUUUGGUAAAAAAUCUUUACUUCACAAUCCAUGGCUUCUUGGUCGAUUCAUCCUGUUCCCCAUUUACAUGAUUGAUUGGACAGUAUCGUUGGGCUUCGGAUGCAAUGAGUUCUAUCGGAUUCGACGAUUCUUAAGACCUUACUUCCUCAUCAGCGGAUCACAAAUGAUGAAAAAGUUACUCAAGUGUAUCCGGCGCACUUUGCCGAAACUGCUAAGUACUUUGUUUCUCCUGUUAUGCUGGCUCGUCUCUGCAACAUUGUUUGCCCUUUGCCUUUUCGCACCUAUGCACCCGCCGAGUCAUUCCACCACCUCUACCGCUGAUCUACCGUUAUCCACUUCCUUUCCCGAUUUCUACACAUCCAUGUUCAACUUACUGGUCCUCCUCACUACGGCCAAUCAUCCAGAUGGUAAGUCUGACCGCUUUUGGUCAAUCGUUAUGUUCAGAAUCAGUAGUAGCAAUUCAAUGCCCCCGCCUCCAAAUGUAGAUUUACAUUUAUUCAGUGAAUUUAUCAUAACUUGA